UGCUCUGUCGGCGGCGGCCUCGGUCAGACGCGCGGCUCGAGCGGCGUCGGUAGCGGCGUCUCAGACACCUCCCACCUGGUCGACGGUCACCUGACACCCCGCUCAACCAGUCGGGCACUUGGCGCUACCAGCGGCAGACCAGUCCCUGUCCGCUCCUCCACGUCCCUCUGCGACCGGAGCGCCGCUCUCCGCUGCCGAGUACCUCUGGGACCGUUCCGAUGGCUCCCUGGGAGAACCUCACCGACUCGGCGACCCUGGCGCUGAACCGGUCAGCCACCAGCGCCGGCGACAUGGAGGCCAACCGCACCGACCUGCAGACGCUGACCCAGGUGCUGGACAUGCUGGAGCUCUACUACACGCCGCUGAUCGUGGUGCUCGGCGCCUGCGGCAACAUCGCCUCCAUGCUGGUGCUGUUCCUGACCAAGCUGCGCGGCCAGUCGUCGUCGUUCUACCUGUCGGCGCUGGCGGCCAGCGACACGGGCUUCCUGCUGACGCAGCUGGUCGGCUGGCUGGAGGAGGUGCACCUGCCGCUGCUGCUGCAGCCCGUCAUCUGCCAGCUCACACAGUACGUGGCCAACUGCUGCAGCUUCACCAGCGCCUGGUUCGUCGUCGCCUUCACCGUGGAGCGCUUCGUGGCCGUCUGCUACCCGCUGCACCGGCCCAGCUUCUGUACCGUGCACCGCGCCAAGAUGGUGAUCGCCUCGCUCACGGCCAUCUCGGCACUGGCCAACAGCUACGCGCUGGUCAUCAUCCGGCCGAUCCCGCUCGACGACGGCCAGAUGGUGUGCGACAUCGACUUCGGCCGCUACCCGUCCGUCGGCUUCUGGCUGACCACGGUGGACAUGGUGGCCACGCUGGUGCUGCCCUUCCUGCUGAUCGUGCUGCUGAACGUGCAGAUCGCCCGCGCCAUCUGCCGUCUGGAGCUGGUGCGCCGCAUGAUGUACGUGUCCUCGGCCGAGCACGGUACGCCGCGCGCCAACAGCCAGCAGAAGAUCACCAAGAUGCUGCUGAUCGUGUCGUCCGUGUUCCUGCUGCUCAACCUGCCCGCCUAUGUGAUCCGCGUCUGGGCCUUCAUUGCGACUGUGACCCGCUCCACGACCCGCUCCGACCUGUGGCUGGUGCUGGUGCAGGCCGUGGCACACCUGCUCUUCCAGCUCAACUUCGCCAUCAACUUCCUGCUCUACUGCGUGUCGGGCCAGAACUUCCGGCGGGCGGUGCGCGCGCUGUUCUGCGGCACCCGUCAGCCGGCCAGCACACGCACCAGCACCACGCUGGCCGAGAACAUCCCGCUGACCUCGCUGUGCCGGCGCAGCGUGCACGCCGUCUGCUCGAACGGUACUGCCAAGCGCGCCGUGGUGCGCGGCUCGCCCAUCUAGUGCCGGCGCAGCGUGCACGCCGUCUGCUCGAACGGUACCGCCAAGCGCGCCGUAGUGCGCGGCUCGCCCAUCUAGUGCCGGCGCAGCGUGCACGCCGUCUGCUCGAACGGUACCGCCAAGCGCGCCGCGGUGCGCGGCUCGCCCAUCUAGGUGACCGCGGGGCGAGAGGUGGACAGAGUGCGCGCGAUAUGGACGCGAUGUGGGUGUGAGGUGGAUGUGAGGUGGAUGAGGUGUGGACAUGUGAGAAAGCGUGGACGCGAUGUGACCAGAGGCGGACGAUGUGCGAAGUGACGUGAGCGAGAUGUGAACGCGAGAAACUAUCGCGAUAUUUGACACUAUGCGAAUGUGAUGCAAACCAAAGCCGAACGCAAUGUGAGUGUGACAUCCGUUGAGAGGACAUGCCAGCGGCUCGAGAAUCGCGUGUACAAGUGGCGAGCGAUCGCCAGGAGAGGCGCCGUCACGGUGAUGAAGGAGUUGUUCCGUGUGCGCCGGUGUCUGCCGCCGGCUGACUGUGCUGUGCGCUGUGACGCUGAACGGAGGCGGCUCAAUGUCGGCCGCUCCCGCCGCUCAUCGCUGGCUCGCUGUUGCUGUGCUCGGUGACACACCGCUCGCUGUGCGGCCAGCUGCGGCCGCCGGCGGCCGUCGUCACCGGGCCCGUGUCUUCUGUGAAGGCUGUGUGCGCGCCGCCGCGGGCUCUCUGUCGUGUCUCUGUCUCUGUGUGCUCUGUGCUCUCGCCGGCCGCAAUAAGAGCUAGGCGUGCC